AUGACCACCACUAUCCAAAAAGUUGCCAUCUUCGGGGCGUCGGGCAACUUUGGCACUCCCAUCACUGCCGCCCUCCAGCGCGCUGGCUUUAAUGUCACCAUCAUCACCCGUACCGAGUCCUCCUCGACAUUCCCUGAUGGCAUGCCCGUCAUCCGGACUAGCUACACCCUCGAGAACCUGACCACUGCUCUCGCAGACCAGGAUGCCGCCAUCUGUGUGGUCGGCCCCGGUGGCAUCGGUGCACAGGUUACCAUAGUCGAGGCCGCCGAAGCCGCCGGCAUCAAGCGUUUCAUCGUCGACGACUUCGGCUGGGGCCCGGAUUUCCGCAACCUGCCAGAAUUCAGCGCUAUUCACGCGCAUCGUCGCGCGGGUUGGGAACUGGCUAAAGCGAAGGCCCAGGCAAAUCCCAAUUUUACAUUCACUGGUAUUACCUCAGGGAAUCCGAUUGACUGGGCAAUCCAGCGAUUCCCUCUGAUGGGUUUCGACAUCGCCCAGUCUUCUGCCAUCAUCUACGACUCUGGCAUAGAGAAAUUCACCGCAACCACCCUCGCAGGUAUCGGGCAGUCGGUCGUCGGCGUCCUGCAGCACCCCGACGAGACGGCGAACCGGUUCGUGAAGGUCCUGUCGAUUAUCACCAACCAAACCGAGCUGCUCGAGGCUUUCCAGCGUAUCACGAACCGACAAUGGCCGGUACAGCACGCCUCAACGCAGACUCUGAUCGAGAGCGGACAGCGGAAAUUCAAGGCGGGCAUAGGUGGCUGGGUGCUGGAAUUAGUGGUCGCGCAGCUGUACGAUGAAGGACAGGCCCGAUGUGUCAUGGCUCCUUCGUGGGAGGUGUCAGAUUCACCCCUGUUGGGGGUGAAGAAUGAGAGUGUAGAUGAUGUGGUGGCUAAGGUCUUACAGUUGUAA